CUGUGAAGUCGUUCAGCGCGCGCAACGGCAACUAACCAAGAUGAGGUUCUGCGUAUUUGCGGGUUUCAUUCACGCCGCGUACUGGAGUGCCUGCCUGUGCGAGGUGCGCGUGACGCCGGUGGUGAGGCCGCUAAUGCACUCAGAGGGCCCGCACUGGGACGAGGAGAAGGGGGUCCUGUUCUACGUAGACAUCCACCAGCAGCUGGUGAACAGAUACGACCCGGCCACCGGGGAGUACACCUGCAUCAAGCUUGAAGGAGGGCCGGUGAGCCUGGUGAUCCCUGUGAAGAACUCCUCGGACCAGUUCGUGGCGACGCGCGGGCUGGACCUGGUGGUGUUCUCGUGGGACGGCCGCAACGGCACGGGCCCGGUGUCGCUGCGCGUGCUCGCCUCGGUGGACGCGGACAAGCCGGGCAACCGCUUCAACGACGGCAAGGCCGACACCUCAGGCCGCAUCUGGGCGGGAACCAUGGGGCCGGAGCCAACGGUUGGCCACGUGGUGAUGUUCCAAGGGAGUCUGUACUCGCUGGAUCCGGGCCAGACCACCCCAGUCACCCACGUGCGGAACGCGUCCGUGUCCAACGGACUGGCGUGGAACGCCCGGAACAAUGUGGAGUACUGGAUAGACUCCCCGACCUAUCAAGUCGCGGCGUUCAACUUCAGUGUGAGGACCGCCAAGUUAGAUUUCCAGCACACGGUUUUUGACGUACAGAAGAACGGAUUCGUGGGGUUCCCAGACGGAAUGACCAUAGACAGCAAUGGGAAUCUCUGGGUGGCAUGCUUCAACUGUUGGAAGGUGCUGCACUUGGACCCGCGGACGCAGAGGCUGCUGGGAGCCGUCGAUCUGCCCGCCGCUCGGGUGACCUCGGUCAUGUUCGGCGGCCCGAAGCUGGACACGCUGUACGUCACCACCUCCAGCUUCGGGCUGACGCCGGAGGAGGCGCAGCAGCAGCCGCUGGCGGGGUCGGUGUUCGCCGUCACCGGGCUGGGCGCGAGGGCUCUGGCGCCCGCUAACAAGGCCGUCGUCACGGCCUGAGGCGCCCCCCCUCGCUCCAGGGGCGGCCACCGUGACAAGCUGGCUCCCGGACCGGAACUCUUUCAUUAUUCUUGUUUGUGUAGGCUCGGUCUCACACUCGACGUUUUUUUAUUUUUUUUGUCUUCAAAUUUGCCAUUGAUAUUUAUGUGUGUAAAAAUUGUCGAGUAUGUUUUGUAGUCAUUAUCACUUGCGCGAAUUUUUGAAAUAAAUUAUAUUACGCUAAUAAACGUGGAUGCCUUUGGAAUUAUUUGCUAAAGAAUAACAAAUGCAAUUGAGGUGUCCAGUAGAGAUUUUAUAAAUAGUCCUUGAUAAAAGUAAUAACGCAAAAUGAAGGGGGAAAAUCAACAUUACGUGUACACUGAGCCUAAAUGGGAAAAGGAAGAAUUUAAAUGUCAUUAGCGCAUAGUUAAAUGUGUGUGUCAAUAUAUUUGGUUUUUGAUUUAAGUUUUCCGGGUUUUAUUUAAAAUAAUAUGAAAUGAUUUCAUUGCUGCUUAUAAUCAUAUACAUUUCCUGGAAUUUGGUCGUCGGCAUUUAUAUCCCCCUCCCCCUUCGCCGCCAAAAUCUUCUUCACGGGUAUAAAUUAACUGGUAAGAACUUCAAUAUUCUUUAAGCUAAAUAAGCAAAACCAUCGUUAAAAUUUUAAUUUAAAAUUUGCUUUUAAUUUUUAUUUUUCAAAUUUUCUGGGCGAGGACCUCUUUUCUAUGGUUUCUAGCCUCCUAGGCUUCAUCAAGGCCCCUCUACAAAAUGUUAGCGUCCCCAAAAGUAAGGGCAGGGCCCCGUUAAGUCUAAGACGCAACUGACGACAUAAUAGAGGUUGUUAUAGAUCGCAUUCUUUCCCUGCCAUUGUCUCGGAUUUCUUUACUUGUAGGCUUCAGUCACAUCAAAGUUGAAGAGUUCGCCAACGUUUGGGUAGAUAUUGCAUUCGCCAUAAUCAGGGUUCCUGUCUUCUUAGCCUGAAACCCACAUUUAAAUAACACAUAUUUUAACAGACUGUGCCUCUAAUUCAUGUUAAAACACCCAUGCGGGACACUUGGAAUGAAAAAUAUCAGUAAACACAGAUCUGGAAAUUUUUCUGUUAAUGCUCAAACCAUCGUCGUGUACGACUUAUUUUUAUAGAAUAACCUGAGCGUCUUUAAGAAUUACCUGAGCGUCUUUAAGAUGUGAGAAAAAAUUUAUAACUCUUAUUUCCAAGAAAACCGUUGGCAUUGUUUGUGUUGACGUGUCAAACUUUCAAGUAGACAAUAAUAUAGAAUUAAUUUCAUCUAAAAAUUUGACUUGGAAAUAUGAAUCCAAAAAUUAUCUCAGAAAUUCCUAAGAUGUGCUAAUGCAAACUCUCAAUCUAUGUUAUUUCGGGUUUUAAACCAGCAAUAAACGUAACUUAAUACAUAAUGUAUAUUUGGUGCAACGUGUGGUACCAAAGAACAUGUUUUUUAGGAAUAAAUCUAUUAUUUAAUUGGCUAUAGUUUUUACUUCACGACAAAAAUUGUAAAAAGUUUAAUUUACCUAACUGCGUGUAAAAGAAUCCUGGUUUAAUUUCAAGCCUUGAACAACACAUGGUUUGAAUAAAAUACACUUACCAGGCUCUCUGUUGAUAAGAAGUGAUGGCCACAUUAUUGUCUUCAGUGAAAAAACUUCACUGACAAAUGACAAAUAAGUUUUGCUUGUACUGUACAAAUUAACAUUUAAGGAAUUUUUGAAUCAAAAUAAUCAAUCAUUCACACUGAACUGGGUAUUUAAAAUAUGGUUAUGACGUGGUUAGCGUAGUUCGACAUAAAAUAGUUUUUAUUUAAGUGAUCGGUCAUCAGUUAUUAAGCACAUGAAUUAAUUUAGUUAGAGUGUAUUAUUUUAUCAAAAUAUAAGUCGUAACGAGUAACGACGAGGUAAUAUUUCACAUAGUAACAUUUAAUUUAAACACUACGAAUUAAGAUCUUUUAAUUUCAACCCUUACUUAAAAUUAUUAGAAAACUCUUAUGUAAUUUAUAAGGUACUUUGAAAUAUAAAAAUAAAAUAUCAAUUGAAUGCAAGAAUAGUGAAAAUUAAUUCUUGUGAACUAAGUAACAUCGUUUACCUUUAAUAAUUGCACUUUUAAGUACUUCCACAGUAUUGGAAUAGCGUUUUUGCGGAAAGUAGGUUUACCGGACAGAGA